AUGGCCAACGACGCCGCACUUGAGGUCCCUAUACCGGGGACCAUCCAGCUCAUCGACGCCGAUGGUGCUGUUCGGUCAAAACAUAGCAACACAGCGAACAGCAACGAUAUCAUCCUUGUCCCGACGCCGUCUGACGACCCGGAAGACCCUCUCAACUGGAGCUAUCGACGCAAGUUGCUGUCAACUUCAUGCGUAGUCAUCUACACUCUCAUGAUCGUCCUCCCCUCGACGACGGUGUACUCUGUCACAAAGCCCAUCUCCGCCGCCACAUCUCUAUCGAUCGACAACUUGAUCACCGGGCUCGGCGUUAUGUUCUUGUUUGCAGGCUGGGCCUGUAUCCCCUGGCAAGCAGUUGCUCUGCAAUACGGAAAGCGUCCCAUCUACUUGGUUUCGAUGGCGGGAAUCAUUAUAAUUAUGGCACUUGCCCCUCGCUGCACUACUCCGAGCCUCUAUCUAGCGAACAAAAUCCUCCAUGGUAUCUUCACGGCUCCUGUCGAGUCUCUCUGCGAGAUCUCCAUUACGGACGUGUGGUUCAUCCACGAACGACCCAGAUAUCUCUCGCUUUACGGCUUCGCCUUGGCCUUUGCCGGUAAACUGGCUCCCACCCUAGCUGGGUUCAUCAACUACGGGCAAGGGUGGGAAUGGACUCUGUACUGGUCUUCCAUAUGGGCAGCCAUCGCGUUCGUGUAUUGCUUCUUCCUGAUGGAAGAGACGAACUACGACAGAACCACCACGUCUACCGAGUCAGGCCUCACAGCAGGCGCACCCUCUUCCCACAGUGAUGGUGAAGGGAAAUGCCCAGAGAAAUCCGACAAAGCAUCGUGCCACCCUGACACCAAGACGCUCGCCUCGACGGACGUCGAAGCCGGCCAAGUCUGCAUGGCGAAGAAGACGUACUUGCAAAAGCUGAGCAUAUGGCCCGAGUCCCGACCAAACCGCCUCCUCCCCGUCAUGUGGGGUCCCAUCCGAUUCUUCAGCUACCCCGUCGUCGUCUACGCCGGCCUCAUGUACGGCGCCAACGGUCUCGUGUGGUCGAGCAUCAUGAACUCUACGGCCGGGACGCUGUAUCCGGAGAAGUACGGCUUCUCGACCGCGGAGAUCGCCCUGGCUUAUCUGGGCGGCACGGUCGGUGUCAUUGUUGGUGCCAUGUACUGCGGUAAACUCGGUGAGGUGCUCGUCGUGAGGCUCGCGCGCCGGAACAACGGCGUCUCGGAACCGGAGCAUAUUCUUUGGACCUUCAUGGCGUCUCUCAUCCUCGUGCCGUUCUCGCUUAUUCUUUGGGGAUUGGGAGGCACUUACAACAUCCACUGGUUCGGUAUGGUCUUUGCGCAGUUCACGCUGUCCAUCUCGAACGCCAUUGCGUGUCCCAUGGCGCUCGCCUAUGCGAUCAGCGCUUAUCCUGAGCUCAGUGGCGAGCUGGUGACUACUGCGGUCAUUGUCCGCAACACUAUGUCGUGUGCCAUCAAUUAUGGAAUUACCCCCUGGAUCAAAGCACAGGGGUUCCGGGAUACCUUCAUCACGGCUGCGGCCAUUGGCUUCGUUUGGAACUCGUCUAUGUUCUUCAUGAUGUGGUAUGGCAAGAGGUUCAGGCAAUCCAGCGCCAGGAGAUACUGGGCUGCAGUUCGGAGGGCGAAGGAACAGGGAAUGAGCCAUUAG